UGUUGAGCAGGUGCGCGAUUGAUUCCUUCCCUUGCAGGAAGUUGACAUUGUCAAAGAGACGGAUCAACAACAUGGCGGCCUCCAGCUGAUUUUUUCAAAAUACAAAGUAAUCUGUCAGACAAUCAAUAUAUGUGAUCAUUCUUCGACAAAAGGUUUCUGUGACGAUGAGCGCCGUGGACAUCCUGCCGCCUCGGUUCUCCCCCCAUCGUGGGACAGUUGCUGGAGAUCUUGCUGUCCGCGGUUCCCCUGUAACACAGCACACACACAGCAACAACACAUACCCACCAGCAACAAACACACGACCAAGGUCGACCCCAGCCUCGUCCCGGGCACACAGCAGCGGUGGACGGAUGAACAGACCGAAGACUGCAGCCGCUGUCUUGUCCCGGACAGACUGUGACCGUGUUGUGCAGGUGGAGCAGGAGCCGACACGACGACACAACUUUGAGAAUCAUCUCCCCACCAAACGCAGCAAACCUCCACCAUGGCAGAAAAACAUGGAGGCUCCCCUGGUGCCAUUUGUGGUGGGUCCCGGCUACAUCCUGUCACGCAGCAAGAGCAAGUUUGCCGUCACACUCAAAGACGAGUUCUUCACCCCUCCUCAGGACGAAAAUCAAAAAAAAAGACAAGGGGAUAAUGAAAGACAAUCACCUCCUCACCCCCUCAUGUCCUCACCCCCUCCACCACUCAUCCUCUCACUCUCUCACCCUCUCACACAAUCACCUCCUCACCCCCUCCACCACUCAUCCUCUCAUCUUCUCUACCUCUCACACAAUCACCUCCUCACCCCCUCCACCACUCAUCCUCUCAUCUUCUCUACCUCUCACACAAUCACCUCCUCACCCCCUCCACCACUCAUCCUCUCACUCUCUCACCCUCUCACACAAUCACCUCCUCACCCCCUCCACCACUCAUCCUCUCACUCUCUCACCCUCUCACACAAUCACCUCCUCACCCCCUCGUGUCCUCACCCCCUCCACCACUCAUCUUCUCUACCUCUCACACAAUCACCUCCUCACCCCCUCGUGUCCUCACCCCCUCCACCACUCAUCCUCUCAUCUUCUCGCCCUCUCACACAAUCACCUCCUCACCCCCUCGUGUCCUCACCCCCUCCACCACUCAUCCUCUCAUCUUCUCUACCUCUAACACAAUCACCUCCUCACCCCCUCGUGUCCUCACCCCCUCCACCACUCAUCCUCUCAUCUUCUCUACCUCUCACACAAUCACCUCCUCACCCCUUCCACCACUCAUCCUCUCAUCUUCUCUACCUCUCACACAAUCACCUCCUCACCCCCUCCACCACUCAUCCUCUCAUCUUCUCUACCUCUCACACAAUCACCUCCUCACCCCCUCGUGUCCUCACCCCCUCCACCACUCAUCCUCUCAUCUUCUCUACCUCUCACACAAUCACCUCCUCACCCCCUCGUGUCCUCACCCCCUCCACCACUCAUCCUCUCACUCUCUCACCCUCUCACACAAUCACCUCCUCACCCCCUCGUGUCCUCACCCCCUCCACCACUCAUCCUCUCAUCUUCUCGCCCUCUCACACAAUCGACUCCUCACCCCCUCUUGUCCUCACCCCCUCCACCACUCAUCCUCUCAUCUUCUCUACCUCUCACACAAUCACCUCCUCACCCCCUCGUGUCCUCACCCCCUCCACCACUCAUCCUCUCAUCUUCUCUACCUCUCACACAAUCACCUCCUCACCCCCUCACUCCAAACACAGGGCGGAGGAGUACAUGCGGGACAAGAUGGAGGAACUGCACAGUCAACACCAGGACCAUGUCAGGGACCUGGAGGAACAGAACCAGGCCCAGAUGGAGCAUCAGAAGCAGCAGCUGGAGGCUGAGGCCGGGCAGUUCCGGGAGGCAGCAGAGGCUCAGAUCACUCGCAUGACGAAGGAGAUCGAGUUCCUCCAGGGAGCAUUCGAGUCUUACAAAAGUACGCUACACCGAGAGACUGAUGACAAGUGGAGGAUGAAGGAGGAUGAGCUGAGGCACAAAUACGAGGAGGACAAACAGGCCAUGCUGCACGAAAUGAAAACGAAGAUGAUCCACGAGAAGAACAUAGAUAGGGCAGCCAUGAUGAAGGAUGCACACAAGCAGAUUGAGGCACUCAGGAAGGAGCACAAGAAAGAGUUGGAUGCGCUGGUGAGGAGAUUCUCCAAUGCUGCAGCAGACAUCGAGAGACUGAAGAAAACAAUGGCGGAACUUGAGGAGACAAAAGCUGACCUGGAACAACUGACCACUCGCUACAAUGAAACCUGCCAACAACUGACCAGCACUACACGUCUGCUCACAGACACGAAAGUGCGUCUGCUGGAGUACGAGGAGCAGUUUCAGGACAAGGUGCAGGCGGUGGAUGACAAGUACAGACAACAGCUGCAGGAACUCAUGAGACAGAACACAGAACUCAGGCGCCAGUACAACAAGAAAUGUGGGGAGCUGUUUGAUGAGAAGGCUGUGUCGGAGAAGGAGAACUAUCAGAGAGUGCAGUCAGCCAAGGAGACCAUGAGGACUCUUAUCAAGGUCAAGGAGAGGUCAAAGGUCAACAUCAGUGCUGCAGACCCAACAUUGGAACAGUUAAGACGAGUGCCAAAAGUGCGACCAGGGAGUGCACCAAUUACGCGUCAAGAAUCCCAGAAUGCACAGCUGAGUGCUGGUGAAACUGAUCACCUCUGUAAACCUAAAGAUUUUGUACGUCCAGAAACUGUGGUUCCCCCAGAAGACCCAGAGUUGGAGGAAAUUCGUGAAAAGUUGUUUUCAGAGGAAGUUCGAGUAUUCACUAAAGAGGAAAUAAUAAGUGCUCUGGAUUCAUAACCCGCACUCCUCAAUGCUGGACUAGAUCCCGGUAUUCUGGGUCAGUCAUGAGACACAUGUUACCUGUUCUGUCUCCUGACACACUUUAACUGAUCUGUCUCCUGAACAGAUACCAAGCAGAUCAACAUCUAAAUUUGAACCUGUAAUCAAUUGUUAGUUGUCACUAAUACUGUAUACAGCUGUUAACAAGGUUAAGCUAUGUCUGCUGUGGAGAUGGAUGAAAUGACCUAUCAUUACAGUUCCAGUGGAGUUUAUGUCUUGAAUACCUUUUUUAUGGGUACAGGUAGUACUAAAUCGCAUUCAAGAGCGUUCAGGAUAAUAUCUAAUGCCUGACCUGAGUCAAAACUGUGCCACAGUAUUGAAGCUCUGCAAGAGAUCUCUGUUGUUAUUUCAGGCUAGAUUUGCCCUGAUUGUUUCUAGGUUUUCCACCAACAUACCCCUGUUUGUGGGUUUCACCAAAGUGGUAAAUAUUUAAGACCUGCAUCAUUUGGUCUUUCUCCGCAUCAAGAUGUCAUGAUAUAACUGAAACACAGUUCAAAGUGAUGUUCAACCCAACUCACUGACUCAAGACCACCUCACAAACUUUGAGAAAAAACAUAAAUCAUAUCUGAUGCUUUCUGUGACAAACAUACAGAGGCAACGUUUUCCAUACCCAGUUGUCUCCCUUUAACUAGAUGUUGUGGAGUGACCUCCCUUUUACUAGUUGCUGAGCAAGUUUACAACAGGGAUACCAAAACUGCCAUUUACUGGAGAUUGACUCACUGAACAUAGGUUUUCUACAGUGCAGUCCAAGAUCUUUCAUACGAAUGAAACAUACAAGGUCUGGAUUUCAAUGGAAAAGAGAAUGUUUGAUGUUUUAGAUGGAAAUUGCUAACUGGUCCUAUCCCUUUGUACAAAAUGCAAAAUUGGAAUUGGAAUUAUUUGUUUUUCGAUUACUGCAACACAUCUGAGUAUAUAUGCUAACUUAUCUACAGCACAUUCCUACUUGGAGGCAGUAGUAUUUAGAUAUAGAUCUUUGAAGGUAGCCAUAUUUAUCAUACUCCAAUGUGAUUUGACUAAUUUCUCAGGUAAGAUGUUUUUAUUCCAUAUUCCAGUGUUGAUAUUGAAUUACUACAUCUCAGCAUUGGUGAUUCUUGCCCAAAGUAGCAUAGUAAAUAGGUCACAGGGAACCUCUUUUCCAAACAAACCAGGUUUUACUUCAAAAUGUGAGACUUUGUCAUGCAUUGAUUUUUCUGGUAUACAUAACUUUUCUGAAUUUACAUCAGAGUUUGCCAUGAUUAUAAUAUUUCUACUGGAUAUACAAGGUUUAAUAUUUAUCACUGUAAUUGUCAUUCUUUGAUAUCAAUAAAAGCAUUUCUGUGAUUGAAGAGAA